UUUAGUAGUGACAUCUUCAGAAAUGAACACCAUUUGCUUCACAGGAUGCUUUUCUCCACAUCAACCAACCCUGACAAAAAACAUUCCUAUGAUAUUCCAGGAGUCUCCUCAGAUAUCAUGUCUCUUAUUAUUCAGUACGCUUAUGGAAGACCUGUCCUCAUUUCUAAAGAGAACGUGUCGGAGCUCUUGGUGGCGGCCGAUCAGUUCUUAGUCUCGGGCCUGGUAGAGGCCUGCUGUGAGUUCCUGGAGGCACAGUUAUCCUCGGAGAACUGCGUUGGCAUCUGCAGGUUCACAGAGCGUUUCCACUCCUGCUCAGAGCUCCACCAUAAAGCAAAGCUCUACAUCCUGCGGCACUUUGAGGAGGUUCAGCUUGUGUCCGAGGAGUUCCUGGAGCUCUCGCUUGAACAGCUUAAAGAGAUCAUUGAUAAAGAUGAGCUGAAUGUCAAACAGGAGAAGGUGGUUUUUGAGGCCGUCCUCCGCUGGAUCAGUCACGCUCCUGAAAACAGGAGACAACACAUCGCCGUGCUUCUGCCGAAGGUUCGAAUGGGGUUGAUGUCCCGUGAGUACUUCAUGAACAGUGUAAGGAACAACACACUGCUGUCGGAGAACGAGGCGUGUUCAGCCGUUCUCGACAAUGCGAUGAAGGCCAUUUUUAACCUUCCCAUUGAGGGAGCCGCCAGUUCAGACCAACUGACACGCCCACGUCUGCCCUAUGAGAUCCUAUUGGCCAUCGGAGGGUGGGACAUAAGCAAUCCCACCAGUAGGAUUGAGGCAUAUGAUGCGAGGGCAGACCGCUGGGUCAAUGUGACUCAAGAGGAUGGCCGUCCCAGAGCCGAUCAUGGCACAGCGGUCCUCGGUGGGUUUGUGUACUGCAUUGGUGGAUUUGAUGGCGAGAAUUAUUGCAGCAGUGUGAGGAAAUUCAACCCCAUCACGCACACCUGGCAUGAGGUGGCACCUAUGUACGAACGGCGACGUUAUGUUAGUGUUGCUGUUCUGGACGGCCUCAUUUAUGCCAUUGGUGGUUGUGAUGGACACCGACAUCUUAAAACAGCAGAGUGCUACGACCCAAACACCAACCAGUGGACAAUGUUGGCACCCAUGAUUCAACGGAGGAGAGGCGGCGGCGCCACCUCACUGCAGGGCAGGGUUUAUAUCUGUGGUGGUUUUACUGGGAUCGAGUGUCUCUUCACAGCUGAGAGCUUUAACCCCGAAACAAACCAGUGGACUCUCAUCGCUCCCAUGGGCAGCCGUCGCAGAGAUGUCGGUGUGAUCGCUUAUAGAGAUCUAGUUUAUGCUGUUGGUGGUUUUGAUCGUGCCGGUCAUUUGCGAAGUGCCGAGGCCUACGACCCUCUCACUGACCGCUGGCAUGAUGUGGAAUCUUUGAACAACCCACACAGCAACUUCGGCAUUGAGGUGUUGGACGAUCAGCUGUUUGUUGUCGGGGGGUUUGGUGAAUCAGUGUUCAGUACCUGCUCUACUGUGGAGUAUUACGACCAGAGGACGAAUAAAUGGAAUGAGGCGUGUGACAUGAGCACUUCCCGCAGUGCUGUGAGCUGCUGUGUAAUAUCCGGGUUACCUGAUGUCACGCAGUAUGUGGCCGAUCGACACUCUCUCUGAUCGACCUCCCCUUCCUGAAAAAACAUUAUACCAGCAGUGACAUGAUCCGAUUAAAUGCAGUUGAAAAAAAAACAGUGUUGGAUUGUGCACUGUAAAGUCGGCAUGAAAUGAAAGUUGCACUCGUCUUCUCUAUUGUGACGUUUAUAUGUAUGAAACGGCUUCUGGGGUGGGCUUUGGUUUUGUCCAUUGGAAAUUGAUUGAAUCAUUGUGGUUUGCAGUUGGUGGGUCUCAUGUGAGUGACAGGUUGCCCCGCCCUUGUCAUCAGAGAAGAGAAGAGAUGCUGCAAGAGGGAGGAGAAGAUAUCCUGAUUCAAGAUUUAAUGAUGUCAACCCAAAAUUAGAUUAGAUGCUAUAUUUUGGCAAUACUUUAAACUAUUGGAACAAAACUUGGUGCACUUCAUCAGCACUAGGAGCUUAGGGUACCUACCAAAUUUCAGAACAGCGCCACCUACUGGUCAUGAAAAAUGGCUAUUUUUGUUCAAAACUUCAAAUCAGAGAGCAUCUAUUAACUUAGUUUACAUGAGUUGCACAUUCAUUAAUGCUGAAUUAAUAUUUAUUUUCCAGAUUUCUUUGAGCACUGGAGCACAUUUGGUCCUGAAUAGUAAUCGGACCAACUUUGGGGUCUCUAGGACCAACUCUAUAGCGCCACCACCAGUUCAAAAAUGCACUUUUAUAUUUUGUCAAUACUUUAAUCUACCAAAACGAAACUUGGUACAGUUCAUCAGCAUCAUGAUCUGAGGGUACAUACCAAAUUUGGGAACAGCGCCACCUAUGGGUCAUAAGAUCUGAAAAAUGGCUAAUUUUGUUCAGAAAAUCAAAGAGCAUCUAUUAACUUAGUUUGCUUGAGAUGCACUUUCAUUGAUUGUGAAUUAUCAUU